AUGAUCACACUCGGCCUCGAAGAUGAAAUGUUUCGAAAUCUCCAUAAGUACUUUGGAGGUGAAAACACUCUAUCUACAAAGAGGCUAGAUCAUGUCGUGGGCCAAAUGGUGGCGUUUGGAGAUUAUAAAUGCGUGCAGGAAUACAUACGCACUAGCCCAGAGGUUGAGCUCUUCCUGUUCGGCACAGAUGAGAAAGGUGAUUCGGCAUUAAAUCUGGCAGCCUGCGAGAAGUACCCGGCGAUAGUGAAGCUUCUGCUGGAUAACGGAACAAAUACUGAUCAUCAGAACAAGGCUGGCCGGACGCCGCUCAUGGAAGCAGCCCUUUGGGGACGAAUAGAGAAUGUCAAGCAUCUUUUAAAGAAUGGCGCAAAGAAGGAUCUUUACGAUAGUGAUGGUUGCCAAGCAGCCGACCUUGCAGAUUCAUCUCUGAAGAAUGAUGAGGAACGCUUCCGGCGAUCUGGUGGUGAGCACCAGAUCUAUAAAGAGGUGACGUAUCUCGCCAAUGAAGCACGGCGAGUGAUUUUUGAGCUGUUGAAGCAGCCAGAGGCUAGCGUGGGUCAACAGGCCACUACAAGGGAUCCGACCUUUCAAGCGCAUUCGUUCAAGAGAACGAGUCAGGGAAUCAUAUCGCUCAUUGGCCCCCUGGCAGAUUUCCCUGUCCCAAACGGAUGGAAAACAAUCGCGACUUUACAACGACCAUCCCCAUACCCUCUAGUGGCGGCUAUGAGCGGCUGGAGUCAUGAAGAGACGAAGGUCACGGUGUCUGGCAGUGACUGGACAGACGAAGUCAUCAGAAUUUCUGCGAUUGUCGGACACCAGCUCAAAGUCGACAAUCAACGUGAUCGUGGGAAUCCAGGUCUAUUCUCUGCCUGUCACGCAGAGAAGCAGCUGAUUGCGUACUUCAUUAGCGCACACGCGCUGAUUGAGUCCGAAGACCAUGAGGAUUUACUGGACGCGAAGCCACCCGUCCCGCUGAGAAAGGCAACAAUUCUUGUUAGCCGUCCGCCAUGCAACGAUUGUCUGAGAUUCAUCGCCGCGGUGAACUCGGCCAUGGGUUUGAGAAUCGCAGUUCUGGAUCGUUCCGAAGGUGUUUAA